UUGUCUUUAUCCAAUACCAAUGACCGAGCUCUUCCGCGAGACAGUGCUUGGCAAGGCAUUGAUAGACAUUCUCAACGAGAUGGUCCACGCAGGCGCAUUGCAGAGCAAGCUUGCACUCGAGGUCCUCGAGCACUUUGACCAGGUCGUCGAGCAUACGCUCAACACGGAAGUCCGCUCCAAGAUCAACUUUAAGGCACACCUUGAGACAUAUCGCUAUGUCGAAGGACUAUGGUUUUUCCAUCUCAAGGACUUUUCACAGUUCCGGAUUGACAACGAGAACAUAACCGAUCCCGGAGAUGUACAGAUUUUGGCGUAUGCCAAGCCAGACUUGUCUUAACAUUAUUCCGUCAAAAGAGCUCGGCAAAAGCCAUAGAGAACAGUCUUGCCUAUCUUGCUUGAUGUGGUCAUUUGUUGAUUGUGCGGCCCUCGAUAUCGGCUUCAGCGCUGUUGUUGCUCUGCUGCAGAACUCUUAUGUAUUAUAUGCAUCUGUUGAUGCGCUAGCCCUCCAUGCACUUUGAGACGGUCUCAACCUGCUUCGGAUCAUUCCUGAACAUCCUUGGAUCUCGAGGGAAGGGGAAGGGGUCUGAGAAUCUGCGUCAGGCUGAUUCGCACAUCAAAUCCUUCGAUAGCCGGAUUCUGAUCGAUUAUGUCACCGAUUGUUGUUUCAGCAGUGGAAGCCGAAAUCUUGAGCAUCGACCCUGCAAUAGCUCCUAUUGAGAAUACAAAUUUGGUUGAG